AUGAACCCCUAUAGCUCGGAAGCUUCAGCGGAUAUCAACUCGCUGGCCGAGUUUCUGGCCGACUCGGAGGUCUCUGAUCUCUCUUCGGUACCUCCAGUGGACUGCAUAAUCUUAUGCGCGUCGCAGGUCCUAUAUGGAGCAGAGAUGAUCUUCGAGACCCUGCGAAGUCGGCCAGGCAUAACAAAGUAUCUGGUACUAUGCGGAGGAAUCGGCCACUCAACGGCCCUUCUCUAUGACUCCGUAACGCAACAUAAUCGCUAUUCAGCACUUGCCGAUAGAAUUCAAGGUCUUCCUGAAGCACGCGUCCUGGAAAAUAUUUUAGAUGAAUUUUUUGAUCGAGCUAGAAUCACUGCAGAACGGUGUCAAAUUCUGGUGGAAGAUCGCUCUACCAACUGCGGUCAGAAUGCGAUGUUCAGUCGACAAAUACUUGAACAAGCUGGCGUCGUGGCGCCAAAGACAUGCAUCAUCAGUCAAGAUCCGACUAUGAUGCUGAGGACAAAGGCUUCGUUUGAGAAAACUUAUCAAAAUCUAUCAUCGCCCGUUUGUUUCCUAGGCUAUCCUGGAUUCGUUCCGUCGGUACAACUUCGGCAGGAUGAAUGGAUUUACACAUCCCCGGCAGCUACAGCUGGGCUCUGGACAGUGGAACGCUUUCUUGAGCUCAUAUUGGGUGAAGUGCCAAGAUUAAGAGAUGGUAAAGACGGUUACGGUCCAGAAGGGCGGAAUUUCAUCUCUCAUGUUGAUAUUCCGCCUAGUGUGGAGAUGGCCUGGUCCCGUUUGAGUGUUAUGUUCAAACAUCACAAACUGAGAUGA